GCUAACAGGGGAGCAAGAUGGCCGUAACUGCUAUCAAGAAGCAGAAAAUCGGUUUACGUAUGGCUCUUGCAUCCAAUGAGAUCUACGAAACCGUUUUCGAAGAGAUUAGUUUCAGGAAACUGAAUAGAUCGAUCUCCAUUAUGGCUCUCAAAUUUGCCGCAUAAUCUUGCUUUAUUUCAUCCUGCAGGAGCCACAAUGGUUGCACAUUACAUAUGUUAGAACACACAAGGAAUAGAUUAGCCCAGAGUUUAGCCAACCGGCGAACACUGCAAGCAAAUAACUUGCCAGCUAUUUUAAUUUAAUUACGAGUAGUUGUUUUGCGAUAGACAGCGGUGCUAUUCGUAUUGAUUUCAGCGUUGUGAACUGACCGCCUAUGAUAUUACUUAACUACUGGGUGUCUGUUUGUAUACAUUCACAUAACGUACCUAGCGAAAGUUAUGUAAUUUAACUAAUAUUAGCUUAAUUAGCUAAUAUUUAACUAAGUUUUUUCGCCAUGAACCCAUUGUUUAUACCUCCUCUGUACAAGCAGAGAUACCAAUUUGUUGUAGAUUUUGUUAAAAGGCACAAACCCAAGAAGGUGGUAGAUUUGGGAUGUGCGGACUGCAGUCUGCUCCGAAAGCUGAAAUUUCAUCGUAACAUAGAGUUGUUGGUUGGGGUGGAUCUUGACAAUUCGGUUAUGAAGCAGAAAAUGUAUACUUUAGCCCCGUUCCCAUGUGAGUACCUGAAACCAGCUGACCAGCCUUUAACAAUUGAGCUUUAUCAUGGAUCUGUCACUGAGAAGGAAUCCCGCACUAAAUGUUUUGAUCUCGUCACCUGCAUUGAGCUCAUUGAACACCUGCUACUUGCUGACGUGGAAAGGUUUUCUGAGGUUCUGUUUGGAUACAUGCUCCCUAACGCCGUGAUUGUCAGCACUCCAAAUGCAGACUUCAACCCCUUGCUACCAGGAUGCCCUGCAUUUAGACACAUUGACCAUAAAUUUGAGUGGACCAAAGCAGAUUUUCAGAAUUGGGCUUUGGAAGUGUGUAGAUUAUACGGCUAUGUGGUGGAGUUCACUGGAGUAGGCAAAGCCCCCUCUAAUGAGGAGAGCAUUGGGUUCUGUUCUCAGAUCGGAGUAUUUCACAAGGACCCCUACAGAAGUGGUACUUUUGUGAGAAGUGAGAGCAUGGAAAACACUUCUUCUCACACACUGCUAUAUCAUGUGGUGUACCCCAGCCUAUGUGACAACAACAUCUUCCAGAGGACCCUGGUGAAUGAAGUCCUGUACGAGGCAGAGCGCAUCAAGAGCAAAUGGCUAGGAGUCUCAGGGGAGGAGCAGGCGGGUCUCCGUGUGAGUGACGCGGAUUUCCCCAAUGGCUGUCAGGAGCAGGGCAUUUCACAGGAGCUCUACUUGCAGGGAGGUGCGGUGUGUGUUCCUCUGGCCAGAGUGCUGUCUUUCCCCAGUGUGCGCAGGCUGUGUGGCUCUCUGCAGGAACUGCAGGACUCUCUGCAGGGGGACAGUCGCGUGGUGCUGACGGGGGAUGCUCUCGCUCUGGUGUUGGCCGCGGAGGAGGAAGAGGAGGCCGCCUCGGAUGAGGAGUGUGAUGAAUACGAGGGUCCCGCCUGCAGUGAAACUGUGAAGUGUGCAGCGGAUUGCACAGAGGACUGGGAUGCAGAGCUUUCAUGCCCCUGUGAGAUAUCACGAGGGGACCAGAACGGUGCAUUUUGAAUGAGGAAUUCUUUGAAAUGGCAGUGGCAGUGGUGCAGGUGAAGGCUCGGAUUCUACCACAGCAAUUUUGAAACCUAUGUGUUUAAUACCUCUGCUAUUAUCUGAUGCUAUUUCUAACACUAAACACAAAAGCUAGAAGACGGUUUUCUAUACAUGUAGUUGAUGUUGAAAUGAAAACAAUAUUGUUUUUGUGUUCCAAGAUGCAGAUGCAGAUUGUUGAAAAUGUUUCUAGUUUGUUUCACAUGUUACAGAUGUGAAAUGGAGAUUUGAUUGUGUUCAUAGGUUGUGUAUACACUACAAACUGCAUUUACUUUCUUUGUGCUCCAAAUGAUUCUAGCACAAUUUAAACCUAUGUUUUUGAAAUGUUUAUUUCCAUAGUAAAUGGUCUAAAAUGUUACUGUAUGCCUGUAGUGCUUGCAAAACAUGCAACACAACUACUCUGUUAUCGGCUCAUAAAAAGAGCUGUAUCCGUUUUUGAUACAAUACAUUUUUAGUAUAGGCUUUAAGCUGAUGGGAAUUAAGAGCGGUGUUCAGUUGCACUGAACACAAUUGCAAACGUACACAAUUAUAUGUGGCUACAAUUAUUAGCUCAAGUGUCUCCCUUAACCUCACAUGCAUUGUUUUACUUCAAAUCCAAUGCACUGGAAUAGAGGGGAAAAACCACAGACAUUGUGUCACUGUUAAAACACUUACAGACCACACUGUUUAUAAUACUGUCACAUAAAAAUGGUCAUGGUUUAGCCUACGUCCGCAAACAGCAGCCACUAAAAAACACAGUCACAACUGUAUUUAAAUAUUUUAUUUGAAUUGACAAUAAAUGGUACAUGUGUAAGUAUGCACACAGAGGAAGAGCCAAUAAUUAAGAGAAAAAUCUCUGGAGCUAAACACCAUGUGAUAGGCAAGUACAACAUCAUUUUACAGUAAUAAACCAUGUACAAUUCCAUAAAAAGAUAUCACAGAAGACAGACAUCUUUUACCACAGACUUCAGUAUAGAAACACAGUGUGAAUUUAAUUUGGCAUGGGUGAAGUAAGUUCACUCCGCAGAGCUUAAUAGCCUUCCAGGAAAGUAGUAAAACAGAUUUGUAGCCAGCCGCUCAGAGGACGUGAUCACACAAAUCAGAUUUUUGAUCUGAUUAUGUAACUUUGCUUGCUAUCCCCAGCUUCCUGUAUCCUAAGUGCAACAGAACAUUAAAAAGAACACACACACACAUACAUACACAUACAUAUAUAUUUAUAUAAUCUGAAUUUAACUUCUUCCUUGUAGGGAGCCAAUUCUAAUUUCAUUGGUGUAGUAUGUGUUCCUCAAAAGCUGGAGAACUUACACGUGUACAAUUGGCACCACAGAAAUGUAUCCAUGUGCGUGGAGGACUUAGCACAGGAUAAUUACAUUGGUUGAUAUGUCAGGGACUUCACUUAGCAUGCCCCAUUAAAAUUACUUCAAAACAAUAAAAAUGGAUCUUCAAACCUGAACUAAAGAUCCCAGAGCACUCAUUUUGGUCUUCUGAUGCAUGUAGGGAAUGGGCAAAUGGCUUAUCUGAACUUUUUCUAAACAUGUCUUCCCUUGACAAAAUAAACAGUCAAUUCCACAACAUGUACUCUUAAUGGGAUUCAUUUCCAGGUGACAGGAGCCAUACACAAACAGUAAUGUACAGGAACCCCAAUAAGUCUCUUGACCACAUAACAGUGUAUGUGAGCACAAAUGAUGUGUUUGUAUGAUUCGUGACAAUAUAUGUCCUUCAUUCAUUAAUCACUAAGAUCAAAUUCAGUAAAAUCUAUUAGGUUAUGAAAGUUAACAAAUGUCUUUUCUUUUCAUACAAAUGAUGUGUAAUUGCUUUUUUAAAAUGUCAAUUUCUUGCAAUGAUAAA